CAAUAAAAAAGAGGCUUGAAAUGCAGAAUCAGCUCAUUCUAGAUGAAGGACAAUGAAGUGACCAGCUGAUUGAGGUUUGUUUUCUCGACUCUAAAGAAAGCUCACAUUUAAAAGCUGGGAAAGGGCGGACAAAAACACACAAGCAAGUGAUCCGAAGAGCGAGUGAAGUUUUGGCACCUCGACUUCUGUAGCAGACAGACCAUCAAAAUGACUCGUUCCUUGAGAGAAGUGGUGAAGGAGUACAUCUCAGAGCGGCGAGUUCGCAAAUACCGCCUGGUGACCAAAGACGGCCGCUGCAACAUCGAGUUCGGCAACGUGAUGCACCGAAACCGCUUCGCCUACGUCCUGGACAUAUGGACCACCUUCGUCGAGACCCGAUGGCGGUUUGUCAUCUUGCACUUCGUGGCGUCCUUCACUCUCAGCUGGUUCAUCUUCGGCCUCCUCUGGUACUGGAUCGCCAGAAACCAUGGCGACCUAAAGUGGCAGAAUCCACCCGAGAAUCACACGGCCUGCGUCCACAGCGUCAACACACUGACUUACGCCUUCCUUUUCUCGCUGGAGACCCAAUCCACCAUCGGAUACGGAAACGUGUAUGUCACUGACGUCUGUCCCGGAGCUGUGGCUCUGAUCAUAAUUCAGAGUCUUAUCGGCACCAUAAUCAACUGCUUCUGGUGCGGCGUGGUAAUGGCAAAAAUCGCUCUUCCCAAGAAGAGAGCCAAGACCAUAAACUUCACCGACCAAGCGGUUAUCUGCCCUAAAAAGGGCACCCUUUGCCUUCAGAUCCGAGUGGCCAACCUGCGCAAGACCUUGAUGAUCGGUAGCCAGAUUUACGGCAAGCUCCUGAGGACCACGAUCACCCCGGAAGGUGAGACCAUCAUCUUGGACCAGGUCAGCAUUGACUUCAUGGUGGACUCUGGCAAGGACAGCCUGUUUUUCGUGUGUCCUUUCACCCUUUACCACGUCAUCGACAAAACCAGCCCGUUCUUCGACAUGGCGGUGGACACUCUGCAUCAGCAGGAGUUUGAGCUCGUGGUGUUUCUCGACGGCACGGCUGAGUCCACCAGCUCCUCCUGCCAGGUCAGGACUUCCUACAUCCCUCAGGAGAUCAUGUGGGGCUACGACUUCCUCCCGAUCAUCUCCCGCAGCAAAGAGGGAAAAUACAGAGUGGACUUUUCCAACUUCGCCAAGAUGGUGCCUGUACCGACCGCUCAUUGUGCCUACUGCUACCACAACGAGGCAGGACACCAUCACCACUCCAUCAGCGGCAUUGAUAACCAGGGCUUUGAGGUGAUUGACAUUGAGAUGCCCAACGUCACCAAAAUGUAAAGCUUUUUGUACUGAGUGACAUUGCAAGGUCUUGCACUAUACUAGAAACACUGGACACAAAUGCGUUUUGUCUCUCACAGUGAGCACGAGAGUUGCUCGAGGCAAGACGAGAGUUUUAUCUCUGGAAAUUCCCUUAUCUACCCACUGAAAAAUGAAGUGCAGUAGCACUUUUUUUUUAUUUUCUGGAAUGUAGUUAUUAUUUUAAAGAGCAGCUAGUGUUCAAAACUCUUUGUUCUGACAAUAUCAGAAAUAUAAAAGUGUAAAUUGUCCUUGAAGUGAAACUAGAACUGUCUUCUAUUACAGGGUCAUUAGGAGUAAGAGUAUUAACUGAAAGUUCAUUCAUAUGAGAUAGACUUUUAUUAAUCGGUCUAUGUAUAAAAGUCUAAGAUGAACUGAUUUCAAAUUCCAGUGAACCAGCAAAUGCUAUCACGCUCUGAAUCACUCUGGGAUUGUGUAUUUAUUUGUAAAUUAGUAUUGUGUAAAUGUCAUUUGUAUUUUGUAUAUCUCAUUUUGUAAAUAUCAGUUUUUUGUUUUUUUUAUUAAAAAAAAAAAAAAAAGAA